CUGAAAUCGUGAGAGCAGACAGUUUCAUGCGGACGAAUUCCUGCAUGUGUGCAUCGGUGAAGAUGCAGCAAUCACUCACUCCCUGGCCUCAUUGAACGAUUCUCUGCGUCCCCGCAUUUUUCACUUUGUUGUGCAUUGGAUUGAUCGAUUAGGGGGGGGGGGGGGUUGCUCUGGUGUCUCGUCACCGUCAGAGUUGAAUUUGAAUUAUUGCUGCACCACAGUAGCACUCUGUUUUGUAGGAUGCUUUAGAAUGAGAUGAGUGGAAUAUUCAACCUAUUUUCCGAACUGGUGAUUUGGAAUAAUUGCAUCUCCUGGGCUGAGCAUUUGAUUCAGCGGUAUUUGGAGAUCGUGAAGUAAUCCGUAGCAAUCAAGAGGUGUCAGUGGAAGGGACGAUCCAAUUUUGGUUGCCUUGAUUUGUUGCAUGUCAAAGUGGAGCCCAUGCACGCUUCUAUUUUGCAACGUUCAUACCUGCAGCACAAAUCUUAGCCUAUGACGUCUGAGGAUUUGAGAAUUAGCGAUUCAAGAAUUUUUCACAGUCUGAUUGACUGAUACUGGGGACGGAUUCCAGUUCUUGUGAGGCUAAAAAUCUGGUAUCAGAUUUCGUGCUUGCUAAGUGCGUUGAACAGAUUGGAUUGUACUGCUGAGAAAAGAAUGAAACACAUUGGAUGAAGUGGGUGCCAGCGCCAGUAAGUUAAAAAGGCCAGACCAAGAUAUCGUUUAAAAUGGAGGAAUUUUCAGCCGAUGACGAAUUACGGGGUUUUGUGCAAAGUUUGAUUGGUUCCUCGGAGCACGUCGUCAUGGCAUUGUAUGUCGAAAUGAGCAUGAGUUCCUGGGGCACUGAAGGUCGCGCACAAAGCAAACGACGAAUUAUUGCGGUCGCUGUAAAGCCUUCAACACUGACUAAGAAAAUGCGAGUAAGACUUCUGGUUUUUGUGGGCUCUUCAUCAGCUCUCGAGAUUGAGAAAGUUCACGAGCUGAGACGCCUGAGCAGAAUUGAGGGAGUCCUUCAGGAUAAGAGCGGACGCACUUUCAUACUUAAUUUCGACGUACCACAGGAUCGGCCUUGGCGCUCCUCUGAAUGGACAACGCAAACCUUAGAAGAUCGUAACCGCUUGCUCACUGCAAUUUCUAAGCUUUGUAAGAAAUGCCAUGGCCGGGCCCCAAAACUUGUCGGAAUUGAUGUCGUGGAAAUGCAAUUGUGGGCAAAGAAAAAUGCCAAGAUAUUGCUAGCAGGUGCACCAGAUGUUAUGCUAGAAAGUUUUGCCAUUCACGAGGAAGAGAUUGUUAAUGAUGGAGGAGAUGUAGAAAUAGGGGAAAUUUACAGUGACGCCUAUGAAGAACUUGUCUCCAAAGACGAAGAAGAGGAUAUGGAUGCUCUUCUUGGCAUGUAUGUACUGGGCAUUGACGAAGCGGAUGCUUUCUCGGAGCGUCUGACAAAGGAGGUCAUUGCAUUAGACACAGCCAAUGUCCAUGCGAUUCUGGAGAACGCACCCAUUGUUGAUGAGGUAACCGAAUUGUUGGACAUGACUCUGGGAAGCGUUGAGGACUUGGAAGAGUGGAUUAGUACUAUCAAUGUCAAAAUACGCUAUAUGCGUGAAGAUAUUGCUGCGAUUGAGUCCGCGAACAACUGUCUGGAAACACAAGUUCGUAACAAUUCAUUGCUUCUCAAGGAGUUACAUCUCGUAUCAGACCGAUUUCGAGUACCUCCUGAGUACGCAGAAACGCUUAAGGAAGGCACAUUUGAGGAAGUAAAAGUGGCCCAGAAUGUAGAAGCUUGUAAAUGGUUGGCGACUGCUCUGCGUGAUCUUCAACCCCCCUAUUUGGAACCCAGCUAUGCUUCAAUGAGAGCUAUUAGGGAGAAGCGCGAUGAGCUUGAAAAGCUGAAGCGUGUGUUCUUGAAACGUGCGACCAGUUUCCUUUGUGAUUAUUUUUCCAGUGUUAUUGAGUCUACGAUCAGCGACAAAGACACAUUCUCAACGAAGGGAAAGCUGAGAAAGCCGGUUCGUGAUGACUUGCGGUUUAAAUGCCGAACGUACGCACGAAUGAUUAAGCAUAUGAAGGCUUUGGACAAGAAUUCUCUGCAACCUCUACGAAAGUCGUUUUGUCUCUCACUCAACGUACUGAUUCGAAGAGAGGUACGUGAGUUUGCCAACGAACUUCGAAGCAGCACUGUCGCGAAACAAACCAAUUCAGUGUGGCUGGACAGACUUGAGAGUAGCAAGACUCAGUCAUCCCCUGUUGGCGAAUCCACAGUAUCUGAAGCCUAUUCUAGAAUGCUACGCACCUUCAUUCCAUUCUUGGUUGACGAGAGCUCGUUCUUUGCUUCUUUUAUGUGCUUUGAGGUCCAGCUUCUCACCCCUCAAGUCGAUCCAGACGAUGUCAGCGAUGACUCCGAGACAGAGGCCAGAGUUGUAAAUGUGGACGAUACUGUUCCAAACACCCAAAAUCAACAGGCUCUUGAAUCGAAGACUCUAAAAGAAGCUCUUCGAGAGCUGCUAGAUGGAAUACAGGAGGAUUUCUAUGCUGUCAUUAAAUGGGCACACAGACAGGAUCCUUGGAGCUGUAUAUCAAUGCAAGGAGCUACGGAAAAAUACCUGUCUAGCCACAAAGCUGAUGCUGCUUGGUUUGUCCACGGCUUGCUCGACGAUCUUCAAGUUCGCAUUUCAAACAAUUUCAAUCAGGUUGUUGCUGAAACUAGCAAGCAGUUUGAAAGAACUGAGAGAAACCAGGCAGGAGUUCUUUAUUCCAUUAUCAAGUUCGCGAAGUUGACUACAUUAAUAGAAUUUCAGAUCGUAGGGCGGAAUUCAAGAGGAGGUAUUGAUGCUGCCUAUGAAAUAUUGGCUGGUACUAUAUUUUCAACCAUCGAAAAUAUUGGUGAAAACGAUCCAAAAAAUUUUGAAAUUUUCGCGAUUGACAACUAUGCUGCUUUUCAAGACAGGAUGUACGAACUUGCGGCCGUUACGCCUGUUUUGGAGAAAUUUUACAUUCAAGCUACAGAUUCUUAUGCGCAAGCAUGCCAACAAUAUGUCCAGACAAUGAUCAACUAUCAAUUUGAGAGAUUCACCUCAUUUGUGGAAAAGGUAGAAGUUCUACUGCUAUCGACGGAGCCGGGAAAGGUUUCAUCAAUGCCUGGAUUCACCAAAUCGGAUUUGCGAAAAAAAUUGAAAUCCAGUUUGUCAGGAGUGGAAAAAUCUCUAACCUUCACUUACAAGCGGAUGCAGAAAUCAAUCCAACGUCAGGAUAUUCUAACAACACUCUGGAAUCAAUAUUUCAAGCCUAUGUUCUUCGAAAAGUACAAGGCACUGGAGGAGAUCCUGUCGAAGUGCUACAAAGAGGAAUCUUUGAAACCCUCAUCUGCAGAUAUGAAAAUCAUUCUGGACAGAAUGUUAAUUGCAUAAGAAGGUUUGUCGAGGAUCAACUCUGUUCGGGUAUGGGUGUUAGACUUCAUAGCAGUGAUCGACACAGAGAGUCCUGGAAAAUGCAAACCCAGAAGUUAUUGCCAACUUACAUCACUUGUCAGAUUUAUGUUUGCUAAAGACAACCUGCUUACAGUGGGUCGAUAACAAGAUGUUAGGUGUCAAACUACGAGCCCAAUUCAUGGUCUCCGUUUCCUUCCUUGAUCAAUCCUGCCUCGAUUGUAUGGAAGAAUAGGGACUAAACACAGAAGAGCAACAAUAAUACUACCUGCACUCGACAUGUUUUCUUCAGCUUUUCAACCCUGGGUACUCCAACGCCUUCACCAAGAGCAAGAGCGUCACCAAUAAGGACUCGGUACCCACACAGGAACUGAUAUUCCUUCCCAGAAUUUCGAUUCUUUCCCGAAGCAAGGUUCGUGAACCAGAGCUGUGAGAAGAAGUCUGAUGUUAUCAACGAUAGCAAGGUAUCUUUGGAGUAGAAACAUAUCGAAGCAUCAGGCACCUCUUCUCGAAGCAUUCACUGCAUUGUGGAACUCGGUCUCAUGAUCGUCAUGAAUCGUGGUGCUUGAGUCCAAGCCAUCAAGCUAUCCUUGUAUGUAUUGGUAUGCAAACAAUGUGCCUGUGUUCUACAACAAAUAAUGUUAUUAUAUACUAUUGUGGUUAUUAUAAUUAGUGUUUGACAUAUUUGUUAGAAUAUAUUGAAUUGCAUUCACUUGAACGCAAUUAAUAAAUAAUUCAAAAUUCAUCUCUUA